AUGGUUUCGAUUACCGCUACCGUAAUGUGGGUCGUCACGUGGGUUCAAAUCCACAUCGUAGAAAUUCGCCAAGGAGCAGAAGGAGGAGGAGGUGGUGGUGAGCCGGGAGGAGCUAGGCUUGGACCACCACCUACUCUGACCAACAUGAUGCAUCUGAUCUCAAUAUUUAUUAUACCAUUAUUAUUAUUAUUAUUAUUAUUAUUAUUAUUAUUAUUAUUAUUAUUAUUAUUAUUAUUAUUAUUAUUAUUAUUAUUAUUAUUAUUAUUAUUAUUAUUAUUAUUAUUAUUAUUAUUAUUGCCCAUGAAAUCAGAGCAGAUACUUAAAAUGAACACAAACGUAGUAAUUCAAGGAUAA